AAUUCCCUCCUUCCCUCGUUUUCUCCCUUUUUAACCUCGCUUCUUCGCCCUCCCCCCAAAACUUCAGAUCCCAUACAUUCUCUCUCAUCCUCAUCUCUAACCUCCUCUCCCCUUCUCAACCCUGAACCCUAAUUUCUUCAAAUUUCUCUCUCUAUUCUGUACCUCCGAUCUUAGCUCACGACUCUAUUCCGAUCUGAACCGAUCUGAUCUUGUCUUCUUCUCUAAAACGAGGGUUUUCAUAUAGGACGACUACUAAUUACUGUUUAGAUUUUGGAUGUCUGGAGGCCGAGCUGCGAAUCAACAGCGAUUAGCACAGCCGUCAGAACAGAUCAUGCAAUCUCUAAAGCGUCACCUACCUUUUUCAUCGAUGAAACCGCCUUUUGUUCCUUCUGAGGAUUAUCAUAGAUUUUCUUCUCCUACUGGGAAUAAUAAUCGUACAGUUGUCGAUGACGAUGAAGUUGAAAUCAUUAUUGUUAAAUCUCCCAUGAAGCGAAAGACCGAAAUAGAAGAGUGUGAAGCAGAAUCUAGUGAAUGGACCACCAGUCCUGGCUUUGCUGAAGUUGUUAACAACCCCCUUCGAACGCCUGUAUCAGGAAAAGGUGGGAGGGUUUACAACAGGACAAAGGCCUCAAAAUACAACAGAUCAGGGCCUCAGACCCCUGUGUCAAAUGCUGGUUCUCCCGGGAAUCCUCUCACUCCAGCUGGAACAUGCCGUUAUGACAGCUCUCUAGGGCUCUUGACGAAAAAGUUCAUAAAUUUGAUUAAACAUGCAGAAGAUGGGAUUCUUGAUUUAAACAAUGCGGCUGAUACAUUGGAGGUACAAAAGAGGCGGAUAUAUGAUAUUACAAAUGUUUUGGAAGGAAUUGGUCUCAUAGAGAAGAAGCUUAAGAACAGAAUUCGUUGGAAGGGUCUUGAUGGUGCAAGGUCGGGGGAUAUUGAGGAUGAUGUUACUCUAUUACAGGCAGAAGUUGAAAACCUUUCCAUGGAGGAGCGUAGACUAGAUGAUAGAAUAAGAGAUAUGCAAGAACGAUUGAGGGACCUUAGCGAAGACGAAAACAAUCAAAAGUGGCUUUUUGUGACCGAAGAGGACAUCAAGAGUCUACCCUGCUUUCAGAAUGAGACCCUCAUAGCAAUUAAAGCUCCUCAUGGAACCACUCUUGAAGUUCCUGAUCCUGAUGAGGCCGUUGACUACCCACAGAGGAGAUAUAGAAUCGUCCUCAGAAGCACCAUGGGUCCAAUUGAUGUUUACCUUGUCAGUCAAUUCGAGGAGAAAUUUGAAGAACUGAAUGGGGUUGAAGCACCUGCUAUUGUCCCACCAGCAUCAAGUUCAGGGAGCCACAUGGAAGAACCAAUGGUAACCGAGGAGAACAGGGGGAAGGAGAUUGAACUAGAUGCCCAAGAUCCUAAUAGAAUGUAUUCGUAUCCCAGUGCUUCACAAGAUUUUGUGGGUGGAAUAAUGAAAAUUGUACCGACCGAUGUCGAUCAAGAUGCCGAUUACUGGCUCAUAUCAGAUCAUGGAGUAAGCAUCACAGACAUGUGGAAAUCAGCACCUGAUGUUGAAUGGGAUGGGGUGGAUACACUUCAAGCGGAGGAGUUUGUGAUGACUGCUGUAAGCACACCACAACCGCAAACUCCACCCUCUAGCACCGUUGGAUCACCGCCUGCUGCUAACACUUCUCAUAGGUGAACCGAAUGAUCAGAAGAAUCUCAGGUCUAAGCUCAUACUAGAACCUAUCCUGUUGUUCCUCAUAUUUAACAUGUCAGUAGUCCAACCCUACACCGGAUUGAACUUGGCAUGUCACAGAUCAAACCCUAGAUUAGCGGUGGACGACCACCAUGAACUUAAAAUGGUUCGAAUAGAAAGUUAAUGUAGCUAGGGGAAAAGAGAUGGAUGUAGUUACUUCUGUGUACAGUAAGUAAUGUAUUUGAUCAUGUGUUUUGAGGGAUCAAUGAUAUUUAAAUUUUUCGCAAUAUGAAGUUGAUCCAUGUAUAUUAGUGCUCUAUCAUACUGAUGCUAAAUUUAACUAGUGUUUAGGUGAUUAGGAUUGGAUACGGAUGUUACUUUCGGCGUUGCAUUUAAACUUUUGUUUGCUAUUUAUCUCUUGGUGUUUACACUGA